AUGUCGAGCGAUCAGGUUUUCGGCGUGACACCGCCCAUCUCUGUAGGGUUGCCUACCGAGGCUGAAAAGCGUGCAAGCGAUGCCCUCAUCGAGGAAUUACGGCGGCAAAAGACGUUCGAAAGUCCUUCCGAUACCCAAAAAAGGUUCAAAGUCCUCGAGUCACUGCAAGCUAUUUGCGAUGAGUUUGUCAAGCGCGUCGCUCGAGAGAAGGAGCCCAAGAACGAUGUCCUUAUAAAGAACGCCCGUGGCAAAGUAUUUACAUAUGGCAGCUUCCGUCUCGGCGUGUUCGGGCCCGGUUCCGAUAUAGAUACACUCAUCGUCGCUCCUAAAUACGUCACACGAGAUGACUAUUUUAAGUACUUCCCCGAUUUGUUGGAGGCCAUGGCUCCCAAGGGCGCCAUUACGGAUUUAGCCGCGGUCACCGAUGCAUUCGUGCCUAUCAUCAAAUUUGAAUACUCCGGUAUAAGUAUUGAUUUGAUCUUCUCGCGAAUCAUUCAGAAACAGCUCGCCCCUGACUUUCAAGACCUUAAAGACUCCGGUUUGCUUCGAGGUCUUGACGAGGCAGAGCUCCGCUCGCUUAAUGGCACACGGGUGACCGAUGAAAUUUUGACACUGGUGCCCGAGCAGAGCACAUUCAAGCUUGCCUUACGGGCCAUCAAGCUGUGGGCCCAGCGUCGUGCAGUGUACGGCAACAUCAUGGGGUUUCCCGGUGGUGUUGCUUGGGCCAUGUUAGUUGCACGGGUUUGCCAAUUGUAUCCAAAGGCUGCAACGUCUGUGAUAGUCAACAAGUUCUUUUUGGUCAUUAGUCAAUGGCGUUGGCCUCAACCUGUUUUGCUCAAGCCUAUCGAGAGCGGCCCUCUGCCAGUUCGUGUGUGGAACCCAAAGAUAUAUAAAGGCGAUUCAUUCCACCUGAUGCCCGUCAUUACUCCUGCAUAUCCCUCCAUGUGUGCCACAUUUAAUAUUAGCCGCUCUUCUAUGGCAAUUAUUAAUCGAGAACUUCGAAGAGGCUUAGAGAUUUCUGAGAGCAUUAUGGUCGGCAAGCAACCUUGGAGCGACCUUUUUGUGAAACACACUUUCUUUACUUCAGAUUACAAGUAUUAUAUUUCCGUCAUAUCUGCCAGCAAAUCCAAGGAAGCACAUAACGUUUGGUCAGGAUACGUUGAGUCCAAAGUACGCAUGCUCGUACAGAAAUUGGAACAGCAUCCGUCCAUCGCCUUGGCCCAUGCUUUCAACAAGGGAUACGAGCGUCGACAUGAAUGUAAGGACGACUCUGAGAUAGCACAGGUACAGGAGGGCAGUCUCGAUUUCUUAAUCAAGAAUGGUGAAGAUUGCCAAGCUACAGCGAAACUCAAAUCCGAAGAGCCAAAACAUAAUGCAACCGAAAAUGGCGACACAGAACUCAAACGGCCAACGGAGGUCUUUACCACAACCCAUUACAUCGGAUUAGAACUAGAGGAGGCCGCCAAGUCUCUUGAUCUCUCCUACCAAGUAAACGAGUUUAAAGUCCUGUGUACGCAAUGGCAGAAGUAUCAAGACGAGCUGAAACCACUUGUUUCUAUUGGCGUACAACACGUUCGAAACGAUGUAUUCGAUGUUGGUGAGAAGAAGCCGCAAAAAAAGGGCGCCAAGGGAACAUCGAAGAAGCGUGGCCCCUCAGAGGACAACCCACCUCCAGCAAAACGACAGCAGGCCUCUAUUGCAGCUGCAGGUUGA